AUGAAGAAGGAGAUUAUUGAUGACUGUUGGCUGGUAUCAAAUUCUGUCAGAAACUCAACUUCGACUGAUGAGAUUUAUACGUUGUUGAAGAAGCAUUUGAUGAAGCACAACACAAUUCACGACAUCGGCAUGUUUAACGUUCCAUUUGACCUUCGUUUCAAGUCCUUUGACUCUCUUUUGACAUGUGCUGACGAAUUGGAGAAGGAGGACCAAUCUGUUGAAUCUUCUCUCAAAAGGGCCAAGCAAUUGGCUUUAGAUAUCAACCCAUCUGUUGAGUUAAAGGUUCAUUACGACGGAAGGCAGUACUCUCUUUCCAGCUAUGUAACUAAAUUUGUUUGGGACGACCGUAAGUUUCCCAAGUACUUACCAAUCACCGAAAACUUGAAAAAUUUGUCACAAUUGGUUCAUAAGUUGAUGGACGACUUGAUUCUCAAGUCUGUUGCCUACAACGAAUUAAAGUACAAGCGUAACAGUGUUAACAGUAGCACUGACGGUAAUAUUCAGUUCAGGGAUCUUGUAUAUGUAAUUACCCCUGAGGUUGUUGAGAGUCAUGAUGACUUCAUGGAGACAAACCACUUGACCACGGUUGUAGUUUACGUCCCAAUCAGUUCACAGGAUGACUUUCUCAACACUUACAUGACUUUCAGCGAUAACGUCGUACCAAAUUCAGCCAAACACAUAAACUUACCUAAAUCCACCAAAUCUGGAGGAAUAAUGUUAUGGCGUGUUUUAUUAUUUAAAUCAAGUGUUGAGAAGUUCAUUGAGUCGUGCAAAUCGAACGGAUACAACGCGAAUAAAUUUGUUUAUUCUGAAGAUCGUUACAGGCAGUUACUGGAGGAACAGUCGCGUCUGGAGACUGAUACACAGCGUCAGCAAGCUUUCCUUUCCCGCAUCUAUGAUGUAGCUCACUCUGACAUUUUCAUUUAUUGGAUACAUCUAAAGGCAAUGAGAAUAUUCUGCGAAAGCGUUUUGAAGUUCGGAUUGCCUGUUCAGUUUGCCUCAUUUUUUAUCUUUCCGGUCAGUUCGAAGCAGGAACAAUUACACAAGAUUUUGUAUGAAAUGAUUCCAAAAUACUCAAAUUCAGAACAGAAUGCAGGUAAUGCCCCGGUUUUUGAACCAACCCUUUCCUUCUCCUCAUAUUUCUACCUACACUUUAUUCAUUUUUUACAUCUUUUAAGCAGUUUUAUACUAUCAUAG